AUGCAGCUGCUCCUGUUCCUAUUGGCCUUCUUUCUGACCCCCAGGAUAAGAGCAGUGGAGAUCAUCGGAGGACAUGAAGCUGUACCUCACUCCCGCCCCUACAUGGCCUACCUUAAAUUCAAGGAAGCAAAGGAGAUAUGUAGUGGCUUCCUGAUACAUGAGAAGUUUGUACUGACAGCUGCUCACUGUUUAGGCAGGCCAAGCAACAUUGUGCUGGGAGCCCACAACAUCAAGAAAUGGGAGAAGACACAGCAGGUCAUACAUGUUGAAAGACACAUCCCACAUCCUCACUUCAAUGAUAAAAUACACACCAAUGACAUCAUGUUGCUACAACUAGAGGAAAAGGCCACGCUGACAAAGGAAGUGCAGAUUCUAGAGCUGCCCAUGGAAGAAACCCAGGUGAUGCCAGGCACCCAGUGUCAGGUGGCUGGAUGGGGACUGAUAGCCCGAGAUGGAGACUAUGCAGACACACUGCAAGAAGUGGAGAUGACAGUACAAAAGGAUAAGGAGUGCAAAAUCCUCUAUUCCAAUUACAACAGUGCAACUCAGCUGUGUGCUGGGGACCCAAGGAUUCAAAAAACCUCACUUCGGGGCGACUCUGGAGGUCCCGUCAUAUGUGAUGAUGAGGUUCAGGCCAUUGUUUCCUAUGGAAAAGGUCAUGAAAUAAAUCCACGAAUCUUCACCAAACUCUCACCUUAUCUAGACUGGAUAGCAAAAAUCGUGAAACACCACUGA